AUGGACAAAACUAUCACCGUAUUGGCAGUUUAUUGCCAAAGCAUGGAUCAAAGCCAAAGUUUGCACAGUUGUACAUAUGAUACCGAAAAUGAAAUGAGUAACAGAGUGAAGCAUUUCAGUUCAAACACCAAGGAAUCUGUUAUAGAUGAAUCAUUGGUUGUUGAUUUGAUUGAAAUGAUUGACAAUCACAAUGUUCUUGCGAAAUCUUUUAGAAGAGUAAGAGAUUUGUCAUUGGAACAUAUGGAAUCAGAUUUCACGCUAAGACUAUUUAGAGGCAUAAACAAAGACCCUAAAGUCUACAACACACCUUCAUGUGAUGAAAUAGUUGCACUAAUAGUUGGUGAUUUUGGCAAUAUGGAUGUAGGCAGAGAUAUAGUGGUAAAAAAAUGUUCUGAUGAAUUAACAAGACUGCAUGAAACUCACACAGCUUUCAUGCCACUGCAAUAUCCUCUCAUGUUUCCAUAUGAAGAAGAUGGUUAUCAAGAGGAUAUCCCAAUAAGAGAAUCUCAUUCAAGAACUAAAUCUAGGUUUCUGGUCGAUUGUUAUACAAUGGUUGAAGCCCAAAGGUUGUCUUUCAUCAGAGCUAAUCAGAAGUUAAUUCGCUAUGAUAUUCUUAAUGGAUUACAAGAAGCUGUUAAUAGAGGAGAGACAUAUCCUUCUUUAAUUGGAAGACGUAUUGUUUUGCCUGCUUCAUUCACUGGUGGUACCAGAUACAUGUUCAACAAUUGUCAAGAUGCUAUGGCAAUUUGUAAAAAAUUUGGAAAUCCUGAUUUGUUCAUUACUAUAACAUGCAAUGUGAAUUGGAGUGAAAUAAGAGAAUUUGUCUUAGCAAAAGGCUUAUUAGCUUCAGAUAGACCCGAUAUUGUAUGUAGAGUGUUCAAAAUGAAGCUGGAUGAAAUGAUGACAGAGUUUAAAAAAAAUAUCUUCUUUGGAAAAACCACUGCAAGAAUGUACACAGUAGAAUUCCAAAAAAGAGGUUUACCUCAUGUACAUAUACUUUUAUGGUUGGAUGGAGAAAGCAAAUUGAAGAAUUCAACUGAUAUUGAUAAAGUAAUAUCAGCUGAAUUGCCCAAUACGGAUUUGUACCCAAAAUUGGAAAAAGUUGUCUCAAGUUACAUGAUUCAUGGACCAUGCGGACCUGCAAGAUAUAAUUCACCUUGCAUGAAGAAAGGAAGAUGUUCUAAAUUUUAUCCUAAAAAAUUCACAUCUUCGACUUCAAUUGAUGAAGAAGGAUAUUCAUGCUAUAGAAGACUUGAUAAUGGUAGAUUUGUUGAGAAGAAUGGAAUUAAGCUGCACAAUAGAAGUGUUGUUCCUUACAAUCCACCACUUCUAAUGAGGUAUCAAGCACACGUCAAUACAGAGUAUUGCAACAAGACCAAUUCAAUAAAAUAUUUGUUCAAAUAUGUGAACAAAGGUCCUGACAGAGCUACUCUUAAAAUAAGCAACAACUCUGCACAGUCUGAAAAAUCAACCAUUAUUGAUGAGAUCAAAAGGUAUUACGAUUGUAGGUAUUUAUCACCAUGUGAAGCCGCUUGGAGAAUAUUUGUUUUUGACAUCCAUCACAGAUGGCCUCUUAUUCAGAGAUUGACAUUUCAUCUUCCUGGCCAACAAUCAGCUUUGUUUAAAGAUGAUGAUGAUAUUAAUGUGGUCUUCAACAUAUACGAAAAUGCUAACACAAUGUUUCUAGCUUGCAUUAAGACAAUUGAUGGAAAAUAUUAUGAAACAUACCAAGAAGCUUGCUAUGUUUUGGGAUUGUUGGCUGACGACAAAGAAUAUAUUGAUGCAAUAAAAGAAGCAGGUCUUCAAAUUCAGACUGCUGAAUUACAAAAAAUAUGUCUGCUGGAAAUACAGGAAAUGCUAAUGUCAAAUGGUAGAAGUUUGAAAGAUUAUCCUUCAUUACCUCAACUUGAUCUUUCAGAUGAUAUCAUGACAACAGUUCUUUCAAAGAAGGGAGAAUUCUUUUUCUUAUAUGGCUAUGGUGGUACAGGUAAGACUUUUAUGUGGAAGACAUUGUCAGCUGCUCUAAGAAGUCAGGGCAUGAUUGUUUUGAACGUAGCAUCAAGUGGAAUUGCUUCUUUAUUACUUCCUGGUGGAAAAAUAGCACACUCUACCUUUUGCAUCCCACUGUUAAUUAACGAUGAAUCAACUUGCAACAUAGCACAAGGUAGUCUCAAAGCAAAACUUCUUAUGGCAACCAGUUUGAUUAUCUGGGAUGAAGCACCAAUGAUGAAUAGAAUGUGCUUUGAGGCAUUUGAUAGAACACUAAGAGAUAUUAUGCGAAAUGUUGAUGAUGCCAAUAAAGACAAACCAUUUGGUGGCAAAGCAGUUGUGUUGGGAGUGCUAAAGUUAUCCAAGAACAUGAGAUUAAGUACUACAUCAAAUACUCAAACAGCCAAUGAGAUUCAAGAAUUUGCUGAUUGGAUAUUGAAGAUUGGAGACGGAAAAAUGGAUCUAAAUGAGAAUGGUGAGUGCAUAGUUGAAAUUCCAGAACAGCUCCUGAUUACAAACACAAAUUUACCUUUAUUGGCAUUGGUUGAAUUUGUCUAUCCUCAAUUUAUGGUUAACAUGCUGAAGCCUAAUUAUUUUGAUGACGGAGCAAUUUUGUGCCCAACAAAUGAUUCUGUAGAGCAAGUAAAUGAUUUCAUGUUGUCUUUAAUCUAUGGUGAAGAGGUGACUUAUUUAAGUUCAGAUACACCUUGCCAAUCUGAUGAACAAGAUGAAGUGCAAUCUGAAUGGUUUACAUCUGAAUUUUUAAAUGAUAUCAAAUGUUCAGGGAUACCAAAUCAUAAACUGAAGUUGAAAACAGGUGUUCCAAUUAUGCUCUUGAGAAACAUUGAUCAAGCGAAAGGUCUAUGCAAUGGCACAAGAUUGCAAGUCAACCAUUUAGGCAAGAAUGUAAUCUCUGCAACUGUAAUUACUGGAAAAAACAUUGGUGACAGGAUUUUUAUACCAAGAAUGGAUUUAGUGCCAUCUGAUUCAGGAUUGCCUUUCAAAUUUCAAAGAAGACAGCUUAGGGUCCGACAAGCCGGUUGGGCCCAACAACCCAAACGAACCCAACAACACAGACGGGCUCGACGAGCCAGACAGGGUCGACGACGACCAUACAAGUCCGUCGUUAGACCCGACAAUGCGGACAGACAUGACGACUCGGACAAGCCUAAGGAGCCGGUUGGGCCCAACGAGCCGGACAUGCUUGAUGACCCGGACAUGCUCGACAAUUGGGAUGAGUCCCAUGAUUUGGAUGAGCCCGACGACCUAAACGGGCCCAAUGACCGGGACGGACUCGACGACACGGAUAGGCCCGACGAGCCAAACAAGUCUGACAGGCCUGAUCGUGUCGUCAAGUCUGUUUGGGUCGUCGAGCCCAUCUAG